AUGGGCUGGCUUCCCUGGUCCUCCGAAUCUACCAACACCGCCUCCGAUGGUGGCCGCAUAGCUCCCGAUCGAACCUCCCGCCAACGAUGCUACGAGGGCCGCGACAUGUUCUUUACCUGCCUCGACCGCAAUGAUAUCUUGGAUGCAAUUAAGGAUGACAAGGAGGCGCGCCGGAAGUGUGGAAAGGAGAUUGCAGAGUUUGAAACGGCUUGUUCGAGGGCGUGGGUCAAAUAUUUCAAAGAGAAGCGCGUGAUGGAGUAUAACCGGGACAAGACAAUUGAGCGGAUCAAGAAGGAAGAUGCGGCCCAGGUUCAAGAAUUAAAAGCACAAGGGUGGAACUCUCGGUAA